AUGCCACAAAACAACAGCACGGAAUGGCGGGUUUUCACUUCACUGGGAGCAUCUUUACGGCAGUUGUCGGUGGAGGAGAUCGCAAACCAUUCGUCGCAUUCCUUCUCCGCGUCGCUCGCUCACUCACGUUCCAUUCUGCGUGUCACGGGCACUAACGUCGCUCACAGCACUCUUAGUGGUGGUGGUGGUGGCGGUAGCGGCCGACAGUCGAGUUUGUGGCCUAGUGAUAACAGGGUCGAAUUGAAAAUAGCGGAAGUGGGGGAGAAGAAGGAGCAACAGCGAGAAUACUCUCGAUGUCAUCAAAACGACAACUUCCACGUCAAGGCGGAUGACCAUGGCGUUGUGUCUGGUGCAGACGGUGAAUUAGGGAUAAGUAUGCAACUUAAGCACCAAAAAGGCGCUCACAGCAGGAAGGGUGGAUACUCCAUGGAGGUCUCGAGAGAACUGGUGCCAUCAGCAGCAGCAAGCGUGGUAAGCGGUGUCAGGCCGGAGUCAAUAACGGAUGCAGUAGAAGCCUUUUCUUCCGGUGAGCAGAAGCAGAUCAAUGAAGAUGGAAUAGAGCGGCAAUUUUUGCAAGACAAGGCGGAAGCAAAAAAGAAAAGAAGGAAAAGGAGGGAAAGAAUUCGUAGUGUGAUGUCUAUUAAAGCGUCUGAUGUUGAUAAAGGAGAGUUGGAGGUGGCUGGUAUGUCGUCUAUUGCUCGGCAUUCGGCCGGGUGUGUGUCUCGGCCGGAAGAUCCACCAGAGAGCGUUUUUUUUGAUGGUGACGGCACUGAACAAAUUCCAAACUGUGUCCAUUUCAGUGACGUUUACACGGAGGAUACAGCGGUGUCGCCCUUCCGUGUAGUAGCACACAGACGUGUAGAGUUAUGCGGGCAUGGAUCAAAAGAAGGGGAUGAGUCCGGGGGUUUGGAGGUAACCAUGAAUGGUGCAGGAGAGUCCUUGGCAGCGAGAGGUUCUAUGUCUCGUGAGCAUGAUAUCUUUUUCCCGCAAAUCGAACCAAAGGGAUCUCUUGCCGAGGAAUUCUGUGUAUUGAUGGCCGCAGAGAAACAACAGGAGUGUCCACGGGAGAUUUCGAGCCCGGGAUGUGAUCGAGAUUUGAUUCCUCCAAUGGAAACGGGGGAGUACAUUGGCUCCCCGCAGCAGUUUAUUUCCUCAUCUCCAGAGAUUAUACUGCGGGCAGCGCGUGGAUCCUCGUGUGGUAGUUUUUCUCCAACGGAGGAAACAGUCAAUUCUUUUCAAGUUUCCCAGACGGAGAGUGAUUUGUCAUCUUUUAUGGUUAGAUACUCUAAACCCCCAUUUGCUUCCUGUUGUGUAGAUCGUUCCAACCCUGAUGGUUGGCAGUGUAAUCGUCCGAGACGGCACGCGUUUCAGUGGCCGCUUCACUUUUUGCAGAUAAUUGCUUUGACUUUGACGGCUCUUAGUACUAUACUUUUUUGGGCUUCUAUAUUACCGACCUACGUCCUACUGUAUCGUAGCGGUGGAUUUUCGAACUGUUUGCCGGAGAUGGUGGUGCUUGUGACACUGACAGGCUCCGCUAUUUUGUCAACAUGUAUAUUAUGGGCUGUUAUUUCGUUUCGAGAGAACGGGGAUAUAUCGAAUGAGGGGGAGCCAUGUACUUAUUGUCGGCGGCUCACACAUUCGGAUGCAAGGCAUUGUAAGGCUUGCAACAAGUGCAUCAGUGGAUUUGAUCACCAUUGCAAAUGGCUGAAUAUGUGCAUUGGAGAGAAAAACUACCGGAUCUUUAUUGCAUUUCUCGUCUCUUCGGCUCUCAGCAUGUUGCUUGCGUUCAUCUCCGGUGUUGUCCUUUUAGCCAGGUGGUGGUCGUAUCUGUCACCAUACUCUUUGUUCUUUCGCAUUGGCCCUAUUGUACUCUGUGUACUCAUGCUGUUGGCAGUGCCACCACUUCUGCACCUGCUUGGCUUUCACAUCAUGUUGCAUCGCCUCGGGCUGACAACCUUUGAAUAUCUUAUUCAGCGGCGGCGGGUGAUGCGAGAUCCUCAUGCAGUUGCUUCCGCCACCGAUGCUGGUAAGGAGCUUCAUGCGCAUGAAGUCAGAGAACCCUAA